UCAACCACCACGCUCAAAAUAAUUUACCUUGAAAUAUUGUGCUGCUGUGCAAAAAUGGAAAAUGUAAAUAUUUAACAACAGCUCACCCCCCAAAAAUACUGUUAUUUUCAUAAAACUAUGUUCCGGAGUCGCAGUUGGUUUUUCUCUUCUUCUUCCUCCUCCUCCUCAACGUCGCUAUGGAAACCGAAAAAUCCACAUUCGACGGAAUAUUUAAAAUAUCUUCACACUGUCCUCACGAAAAACCAGACCGUGACCGAACAAAAUAAAUCUCUACUUGUGGAAGCACUCAGAUCUAUUGCUGAAAUAUUAAUUUGGGGAGAUCAAAAUGAUCCUAGUGUUUUCGACUUCUUCCUGGAAAAAAAUAUGCUCUCAUUCUUCCUCAAAAUCAUGAAACAAAACAAGUGCGGUUCGUAUGUCUGUGUCCAAUUACUCCAAACACUGAACAUUCUGUUUGAAAAUAUACGGAAUCAAACGUCAAUAUAUUAUCUACUUUCAAAUAAUCACGUGAAUUCCAUUAUCGAACAUAAGUUUGAUUUCUCGGAUGAGGAAGUUAUGGCAUAUUAUAUUAGUUUUUUAAAGACUUUGAGCCUAAAAUUAAACUCUCAGACGAUACACUUCUUUUACAACGAGCAUACCAACGACUUUCCUCUUUACACGGAAGCUAUAAAAUUCUUCAAUAAUUCGGAAUCCAUGGUUCGAAUUGCCGUCCGGACUUUAACGUUAAAUGUGUUCCGCGUAGAUGACAAAUCUAUGCUAAAAUUUAUUCGGGACAAAACUGCAGCUCCUUAUUUCUCUAAUUUGGUUUGGUUCAUUGGAAAUCAUGUUGUGGAAAUUGAUAAGCUUAUCAAAGUCGUGAGUGAAGAGGGCGGUGAAGAGACCUUUAUUACAACGAGCAGUAGCAAAACAACUAAUAUCACUACGCAAUCACAACAGAAAACCUUGCUGGAUGACCUCAUAGCUGAGCAUCUCGACCAUCUCCAUUACAUUAAUGACAUCCUCCUGCUAAAAAUUGAGCCAUUGAAUGAAGUCUUGGUCGAUCAUUUACUCAACCGUCUCCUCCGCCCGGUUAUCGUCUCAUCUCUGAUAACAACGACCAGUCCUUCAAGCCAGCCUAAAAUAUCGAGAAUCCUUUCACUUUACUUGUUAACGCAAAUAUUUUCUAUCGUAACACAUUCCGCCCUGUUGACCGAGUUGUUGGAAACUGUUCUGGCAACGGUGGAUGUACUAUCCUUUUUUGACUGUUCAGAAACCGACUAUCUAUGCUUUUUUGUCGUUACAUUACUAGUCGCUGUCGAACGCGUAAAAGCAGACAACCUCCUAACUAACCCUACCCAUUUGGAGUCAUUCUUCUUUUCUGAGCUCCCCUACAAUCCAUGUCUCCUUCAAAAACUUCUCGCAAUAAUCCAAACUGCUGUAAAAUCUUCCACGAAAAUCAGAAUAGCAUCAUUAUCUCUAACAACGGAACUAAUUCUUAAAAUAACCUCAAAGUUGCAAGAUUCGGACCUAGCCAUGUUGGAAUCGUUUCGAGAAGAAAAUAUUUUGACGCUUCAAAAUUAUUUCAAAACUGAGGAAAUGUUUCUGGAAAUGUUUGAGGACGAGUAUUUCGUAAAGGGCUGUGAUUUGGAGUCGUUGCUGGGCGAUAGUUGUAUGUUACUGCCACCCGUUGGAAGUCCUCUGAGCGGUGUUAAUGCACUUGAGAAGAGACGACCAUGUGGGGAGACCGAACGGAUUCGUAGAUCUAUGAGAGUUUAUUUUCUAUUGAGAAAUUUAUCUCUAAAAUUACGAGGUGAUGAAGAACGAUAUUUACCACUAAGUAAUAUUCAUCGGAAUACUGUCACUUUAGAACAGACAUUAGAUUUAACCAACAGUGAUCUCCUUGCUUGCACCGUAUUGACCGUAACAAAUACAAAGGAAACUCAAAAAUUACGCCGCUUUCUAGUCGUUGACAGUUUUCAGAUUAUUCUAGUCGAACCCAGUCAGAAACGAAUGGGGUGGGGAGUGGUGAAAUUUGUCGGGUUUUUACAGGAUCUUGACGUCCAAUCUGACCCAUCUGAUACACGCUGCCUCCAUAUAACAGUGAAAUCAUCCCCAGUAUUAAAGAAACAUUCAACUUUAGUUAUAAAACAGCCGAUUCUAAGUGCCAAAUUUAUUUUUGAUGAUCAUAUUCGUUGCAUGGCAGCAAGGCAGAGGCUAAUAAAAGGACGCCAUCGUGCUCGGGAAAAGAAGCUCACCCUGAUAUCUAGAGCACUUCUUAAUGACAACAUAUCAGCGAAAUAUUCGCCUCCGCAAAAUUUAAAGUCUGUAAAUUCGACCACUUCGUCUUCCUCUGCACGAUAUCAACCCAUAGCAAAAACACUACCUGGUGGUGUGGUUGUUGUUGGUGGUGCUUCAGCGAAUAGGAGUCGCCCAAGUAGCGCUUCACGAUCUCCUAGAAGAAAAAAACCAGAGGAUGUCAUUCCAAUGGACGCCGGGGAAAAUCAACCAGAAUUGUUGUCGCCAGGAAAUGAAAUUGCAACGACUAGUUUUUGUAUUGAUAAGGGGAGUGUAUUUGACGUCUAGCUGUUGGGUGGGCUAAUUAUUUUGACAUUUUAUUUCAAAAAGUAAAUAAAAUCAAUAAUACGUACACAAAACUAAAAA